GUCAGCCAGCGGCGCGAGUAUGAAAUCCCCGCCAAGCCCCAAACCAUUCGGAGCAUUUCCCAAGUACACCCCUCCCAAUUUCGACACCUGAUGGAGGGUGGAAUCGUCAUUUAACCACAUCACUCGUCAUAUUCGCCCACAACUCCAGAAGACAAGACAUCACCUCUUCACCGGAGCCAAACCCGAAACCUCCCCCGCGUUCUUCUCCUUUUGCCCCUGAAAGUGACCAGAUCUAACCCAAAAAUUUCAAAUUCAGCUACCUUAAAGAACCCUAAUUUCCCCCUCCAUUUUCGAAUCAUUUCCUCCUAUUCGCGGGUUCUUCCGUCGUAAUCUCUUGAUCGGUCGCGGUGUCUUUUUAGAGUCCGGAGAGAGCUGAUUAAGCAAGGAUGGGCGAUUUCAAUCUCGCCCUAAUAAUCGUCGCUAUAGUGGUGUGCGUCAUCGUCUUCAUCUUCAAUGUCUACCUUCUGGUUAAUUACCAGCACCCGGAUGACAAGAACCAAGCUUACUUCCCCAAAUUCGUGGUCGUUUUCGGCCUCUCCGUCGCCGUCAUCUCCAUACUGAUGCUGCCGGCCGACGUCGCUAACCGGCAGGCCUGUCGCCACGCGAUAUACAAUGGCGCCUGUAGUCUCACUUUGCCAAUGAAGGAUCUCUGGAUCGCUGUCUAUAUCAUCGACGCUGUGCUGGUCUUCUUCAUCAUCCCUUUCGCUAUGUUUUACUACGAGGGGGACCAGGACAAGACUGUGGGCAAGCGGAUUAAGAGCGCACUGAUGUGGGUGAUAACGACAGCCAUUGUAUGCGCGCUUCUGCUUGGCAUCUUAUAUGGGCUAGUUGGAAAGGUGGAUUUCACAGUUAGGCAUCUUUCCUCGACCACUACAAACUUUCCUACUUCGUGGAGUUUCUCCACAAGUCAACCAUGUGUCGGAAAUAAUGCUCGCCAGUGCUCAGCAUAUCUUGCCAAUGCCGCUUCAGAGAAGACUUGGACUAUGCAAACCACAUUUCCUGAAUAUGUUGUUGCACUUGCUACGAUAGCUGGAUCUGUGCUUUUCUCGAUAUUUGGUGGCGUUGGCAUUGCGUGUUUGCCUCUGGGACUCAUUUUUUCAUUCAUCCGACGACCAAAGGCUGUUAUCACGCGUUCACAGUACAUUAAGGAAGCAACAGAGCUUGGUAAAAAAGCAAGAGAUCUUAAGAAGGCAGCUGAUUCACUUCAUCAGGAAGAGAGAGGUGGUGCUAAGGGGAGAAAAUGGCGUAAAAAUGUUAAGGCAGUUGAGAAGGAAUUGCAUCAGUUGGAAGAAGAUGUAAAGUUGCUUGAAGAGAUGUACCCUCAAGGAGAAAAGGCCGAGACUACUUGGGCUCUCACUAUACUUGGUUAUUUGGCAAAACUUGUGCUGGGAGUUUUGGGGUUGAUUGUCUCAGUGGCUUGGAUUGUGCAUAUUAUCAUAUAUCUACUGAUUGACCCUCCACUUUCUCCUCUCCUCAACGAGGUUUUCAUUAAGUUGGACGAUGUGUGGGGUCUUCUUGGUACUGCAGCAUUUGCUUUCUUUUGCUUUUAUCUUCUCCUUGCUGUGGUGGCUGGUGCAAUGAUGCUGGGGCUCAGAUUAGUUUUCAUCACAAUCCAUCCCAUGAAGUGGGGCGCAACUCUCAUGAACUCAUUCCUUUUCAAUGUGGGACUCAUUCUCCUGUGCUCGAUUAGUGUGAUCCAAUUUUGUGCCACGGCUUUUGGGUAUUAUGCACAAGCAACUGCAGCUCAAGAAAUUUUUGGCCACACUUUGCAAUCUCUUCGUGGGAUAAAAUAUCUUUACAAGUACAAUGUGUUCCAAAUCGCAUUCAUUGUUCUUGCGGGUUUGACUUUCGUAUAUUACACUGCCUUUGGAUGGAAAAGGAAAAAACCUAGUGGCAGGUUCCAACUCUCGAGCUGAAGCAUGUUCUGAUCAUCAAUGCGAGUGCUACCUUGGACUGGUCAGUGGAAUCUGUCUCUUUGUUUUCCGGCGUGGUGUUUUUCCUUAUUCGGUCUUGUCUACCGAGCAAGUAAAGAAUCUGAGCGUUGAGAGAGAUUUGCAGAUAUGGUUCGAAUUAGGUUGCCGGGGGAGCUUUAGAAGGGGAAAAUUGUGCUGGUUUCCUUGUUAUCUGUUUUUUUUUUUGUUCGUGGUUUUGCUGCUGCCUUUUGUUCAUGCUCUGCUCAUUUUGUAUGUAUUAUCAUUCUUUUGUAACCGGAUAAUAUACAUGUUAUAUACGCUUGGUUUGGGGGAAUCUGUAUGACUUCGUCGCUGGACACAUUUAGGGAGAAUGGUGAAGGCGGGGUUGUUUGGCUGGGGCACAUCUGAUAGGAACUUUAACUUACCUUCUCUUGUAAUAUAACUACGUCAGAACAAACAAAGAUGAGACAUGAUCGAGUGAGUUGAUUCAAUUUUUUAACACGUUUGACUUA